UGAAUUCGUGGUAUGGUCCGAAUUACCCGUCUUUCCGCGCGAAAACGCGGCCCGCGCGCAUUCACAGCUGCUAAGAAACCAUAAAACCCCGUUCUGCCGCUCCGACGAGCUCUGCUGGAGGCAUUGGCAGUUUUAUUUUUUAAAAACACUGAGCUUUUAAUUGCUGUUUUGUUUUUAGCGUCCUCUCACUUGUUGUUUUACCUGCUUGUAUUCACACUUGAAAUGCCUACCAGGACCUCAUUGUCUUUGCCAGAGGAUGUCAAGAAACGACUGAAGGUGCUGGAAAAGGGAGGCGAAAGUUUGUCAGAUGAGGAAUGUGUGAAGGAGCAGCUCAGGUUACUGCAGGACUUCCUGCGUGCUGACACUCGGGACCAGCUCAAAAGCCUCGAGGCCAAAGUAAAGAACUCCGAACUUUCCACUGAGGUGUACACAUCAGAGGUGAAGGCGGUGCUGAAGAAAGCUCUGGUUUUGGGCAAGGAAGAUCAGAGCGAUGGGGCGGAGCCGAACAAGCAUUCGAAUGGCUUCUCUGAAAACGGAUCUCAUGAGGAUAAUGGCGAAAAGGAAGAAGUGGAAAUUCAGGAUGAAGGGCACACGGUGAAGUCGCCUGGUGCGGUGAAGGGCCGGGGAGGCAGACGCGGCAAAGCCGACUCGGAGCCCAAAAGAUCUCCUGGCAGUACUAGGGUCACGCGGAACUCUGGGAAGCAGCCCACUAUUCUGUCAAUGUUCUCAAGAGUGCCCAAGCGCAAGUCUGAGGAGGUGAAUGGAGAGGCCACAAAUGGAGGUCCAGAAGAGAAACUGGAGGAGGCUGAUGCGGAGGAGCUUCGGGAAGAAAAACGCCUUAAAACGGAAGUGGAUGAGAAACCUGACACUGAAAUAUCAAAUGCCGAAAAGGACAAAUCUGUGAACACAGCCAAGACACCUCCACCCAAGUGUCCAGAUUGCAGGCAGUACCUGGAUGACUCUGACCUUAAGUUUUUCCAGGGAGACCCUGAUGAUGCGCUUGACGAACCAGAGAUGUUGACGGAUGAGCGUCUUUCCUUGUUUGACUCAAAUGAAGAUGGGUUUGAAAGCUACGAAGACCUGCCUCAACACAAGAUUACAAACUUCAGCGUGUAUGACAAACGUGGACACCUUUGUCCUUUUGAUUCUGGACUCAUAGAGAAGAAUGUAGAAUUGUACUUCAGUUGUGCAGUCAAGCCAAUCUAUGAUGACAACCCUUGCAUGGAUGGUGGUGUCCCUGCUAAAAAGCUGGGACCCAUCAAUGCGUGGUGGAUCACCGGUUUUGAUGGCGGAGAGAAAGCUCUAAUUGGCUUCACCACAGCCUUUGCUGACUAUAUCCUCAUGGAGCCGAGUGAGGAAUACUCGCGCAUCUUUGCACUGAUGCAGGAGAAGAUCUACAUGAGCAAGAUUGUGGUGGAGUUUCUUCAGAAAAACCCUGACGCUACAUAUGAAGAUCUGCUUAACAAAAUUGAGACCACAGUGCCCCCUGCUGGCCUGAACUUCAAUCGGUUCACUGAGGACACCCUUCUUCGCCAUGCUCAGUUCGUGGUGGAGCAGGUGGAAAGCUACGAUGAGGCCGGGGACUCGGACGAGCAGCCCAUCAUUGUUACCCCGUGCAUGAGAGAUCUCAUUAAGCUGGCUGGAGUCACCCUGGGCAAAAGCAUGCUGCUGUACUGGCGUGCGGCCCGGAGGCAGGCCAUCCGGCAUCCUACGAAAAUCGAGAAGGACAUCAAGGGUCCGACCAAAGCCACCACUACUAAACUGGUGUAUCAGAUUUUCGACGCCUUUUUCUCUGACCAGAUAGACCAGAACAACAAGGAGGGAGGUGGAGUUAAGAGACAGCGCUGUGGGGUCUGUGAGGUAUGUCAAGCCCCUGACUGCGGCAAGUGUUCUGCCUGUAAAGACAUGAUCAAAUUCGGAGGCAGCGGCCGCAGCAAGCAGGCCUGUCAGAAGAGGAGAUGUCCCAACAUGGCAGUAAAGGAAGCAGAGGAUGAUGAGAACAUUGAUGAGGAAGAUGUUAUGCCCCUCCUUAAAGAUGCAUCGAAAAAGAUGUCUCAGGCCAAGAAGAAGCAGACGAAGAAUACGAUCACGUGGGUGGGAGAGCCCAUUAGGAAUGAAGGGAAAAGGGCCUAUUACAUGAAGGUGCGUGUGGGGAAUGAAGUGCUUGAGGUUGGAGACUGUGUGUCUGUCAGCCCAGAUGACCCCUCCCAUCCACUCUACCUGGCCAGGAUCACAGCUUUAUGGGAGGAAGAUGCGAAGAUGUUUCACGCACACUGGUUUGUGCGGGGCACGGACACAGUUCUGGGCGAGUCUUCCGACCCGCUGGAGCUCUUCCUCGUGGACGAGUGUGAGGACAUGCAGCUGAGCUUUGUACACGGCAAAGUCAACGUGCUUUACAAGGCUCCCUCGGACGACUGGUUCAUGGAGGGUGGCCUAGAUGAUGACAUGAAGGUCAUUGAGGAUGACGGCAAAAGCUUCUUUUAUCAGUUGUGGUACGAAGGAGAAUUUGCCCGGUUUGAAACGCCUCCCAAGGUCAUACCCGAUGAAGACUGCAAAUACAAGUUUUGUGCCAGCUGCACCAGGAAGGAUGAUCAAACGCAGCAGGAAACGCCUCGUGCUCUCGACGUUCUAGAGGACGAGGAGAGUGACAGUAAAGUGUUCUAUUCCCUGGCUUGCCUGAAGGGGGUGCAGUACAGGGUGGGAGACAGUGUCUACCUGCCUCCUGAAGCCUUCAAUUUUGGGGUGAAGGCUGCAAGCCCAGUGAAGCGCCCUCAUCGGAAAGAGGAUGUGGAUGAGGAGCUGUACCCGGAAUACUACCGUAAAUCCUCAGAUUACAUCAAAGGCUCCAACCUGGACGCCCCGGAACCGUUCCGCGUCGGCCGCAUCAAGGAGAUUUUCUGCAACAAGCGCAGCAACAGCAAGCCGGACACGUCUGACGUUAAGCUGCGGCUUUACAAGUUCUACAGACCAGAGAAUACUCACAAAGGGCCAAAGGCAGGCUACCACACUGAUAUAAACCAGCUUUACUGGAGCGACGAGGAGGUGACCGUGAGCAUGGUGGACGUGCUGGGCCGUUGCCGGGUGGAGUAUGGAGAGGACCUGGCGGAAAGUGUGCAGGAGUACUCCAGCAGUGGACCUGAUCGCUUCUACUUCCUAGAGGCCUACAACUCGAAGUCCAAGAGUUUUGAAGAUCCGCCGAACCACGCCCGCUCUGUGGUGCACAAGGGGAAAGGGAAAGGCAAGGGGAAAGGUAAAGGAAAAGGUAAAGCUCCCUCUCAGGAAGUUCAGGAGCCUCAGGAGCUGAAAGUCUCGAAUCUCCGUACGCUGGAUGUCUUUUCUGGCUGUGGUGGUCUGUCUGAGGGCUUCCACCAAGCAGGAAUCUCUGAGACCCACUGGGCUAUUGAGAUGUGGGAUCCUGCAGCACAAGCAUUCCGGCUGAACAACCCGGGCACCACGGUGUUCACGGAGGACUGCAACGUGCUCCUAAAGCUGGUCAUGGCCGGGGAGAAGACCAACUCACUCGGCCAGAGACUCCCGCAGAAGGGCGACGUGGAGAUGCUGUGCGGAGGGCCGCCCUGCCAAGGCUUCAGCGGCAUGAACCGCUUCAACUCGCGCACCUACUCCAAGUUCAAGAACUCCCUGGUGGUGUCUUACCUGAGUUACUGUGACUACUACAGGCCAAAGUUCUUCCUGCUGGAAAACGUCAGGAACUUUGUGUCUUUCAAGCGCUCCAUGGUCUUAAAGCUCACCCUGCGCUGCCUUGUGCGCAUGGGAUACCAGUGCACGUUUGGCGUACUUCAAGCAGGGCAGUAUGGAGUGGCCCAGACCCGGCGCAGGGCAAUCAUCUUGGCUGCUGCCCCAGGGGAGACACUCCCCCGCUACCCUGAACCUCUGCAUGUCUUCGCUCCUCGAGCGUGCUCCCUCAGCGUAGUGGUCGAUGACAAGAGAUUCGUCACUAAUGUCACACGGGGAAACGGUGGCAUCUACCGCACGAUUACGGUUCGGGACACCAUGUCUGACCUGCCGGAGAUCCAGAAUGGUGCGUCUGCUCUGGAGAUCUCCUACAACGGAGAGCCACAGUCCUGGUUCCAGAGGCAGAUCCGAGGCUCUCAGUACCAGCCCAUCCUCAGGGAUCACAUCUGCAAGGACAUGAGUGCCCUGGUGGCAGGCCGCAUGCGGCACAUCCCCCUGGCCCCGGGCUCCGACUGGAGAGACCUGCCCAACAUUGAGGUUCGGCUGCGGGAUGGGACCACCACCAAGAAGCUCCGUUACACCCACUCAGACAAGAAGAACGGCCGCAGCGGCACUGGGGCGCUGAGGGGAGUGUGUGCCUGUGCUGGAGGUAAGCCCUGUGAUCCAGCAGACAGGCAGUUCAACACGUUGAUCCCGUGGUGUCUGCCUCACACGGGCAACCGCCACAACCACUGGGCUGGGCUCUACGGCAGGCUGGAGUGGGAUGGCUUUUUCAGUACCACUGUUACCAACCCUGAGCCCAUGGGCAAACAGGGCCGUGUGCUGCACCCAGAGCAGCACCGUGUGGUCAGCGUGCGGGAAUGUGCUCGCUCACAAGGCUUCCCAGACACCUACCGCUUUUUCGGCAACAUUCUGGACAAACACCGACAGGUUGGGAAUGCAGUACCUCCACCCCUUGCCAAAGCCAUCGGACUUGAAAUCAAAAAAUGUGUCCAGGAGAAGAUAAGGGAGAACGCAAGAGAGCCCGUGAAACAGGAGAAAAUGGAGGUGUGUGAAUAGAGCUACUCCGAGUUCCAGAUGUGACUUGAGCUCUUCUCGCAUCCACUUAGUCAGCCCAUUUCAUUAACCCAUAAGCUGGUGUUCGAGUCUUGCCACAAUGGUGGCUUCUCUACGGACGUUCUGUGCAGUGCCAUUGAAAGUGACGUUUUAGCAAUUUAUAAAUGUGAUUUUUAACCGUGUAUUUGCAAUCUCCUCUUCACAGUGGAAAAAAUUCUAUUCUAGUUUUUAUAUGUUGUAAUAUUUCAAAUAAAGCUCAUAAAAUGGCUGUCAAACUUGUGUAAAUGUAUUUAGUAAAAGUGUUUUUCUCUUG